AUGAAGGAUGAGCUGAAGCGACAUUACACCCUGGGGGAGUACUGGGUGGAGGUGGAGUUGGAGGACCUGGCCAGCUUCGAUGAAGAUUUGUCCGACUGUCUUUACAAACUGCCUACUGACAACCUGCCGCUGCUGGAAGAAGCUGCUAAAGAGGUGGCCGACGAGGUGACUCGUCCUCGACCUGUCGGGGAGGAGACUGUGCAGGACAUCCAGGUCAUGCUGAAGAGCGACGCUCACCAUGCUUCCAUUCGCAGCCUCAAGUCGGAGCAGGUGUCCCGUCUGGUGAAGGUGCACGGCAUCAUCAUCUCGGCCACGGGGGUCAAGGCGAAGGCCACCAAGGUGUGUCUGCAGUGUCGCGGCUGCCGCGCCGUCAUCAACAACAUCCCCCUGCCCCCGGGCCUGCAGGGUUACGCUCUGCCCCGCAAGUGCAACAGCGAGAAUGCCGUGAGGGUGAAGUGCCCCGUGGACCCGUACUUCAUCAUCCCGGACCGCUGCGUUUGCGUCGACUUCCAGACGCUCCGUCUGCAGGAGUCUCCGGACGCUGUGCCUCACGGAGAGAUGCCCCGCCACCUGCAGCUUUACUGCGACAGGUACCUGUGCGACCGUGUUGUCCCCGGCAACAGGGUGACCAUCAUGGGCAUCUACUCGAUCAAGAAAGUGGCUGCUGCCAAGGCCAAAGGCAGAGAGAAAGGUGUCGGCGUCGGGAUCCGGGUGUCCUACCUGCGAGUGGUCGGCAUCCAGGUGGACACAGAGGGAGCAGGCCGCGGUGCCACUGGGUCGGUGUCUCCACAGGAAGAAGAGGAGCUGAGAGCUCUCGCCGCUUCGCCGAACGUCUACGAGUCUCUGGCGCGCUCCAUCGCUCCGUCCAUCUACGGCAGCGACGACCUGAAGAAGGCCAUCACCUGUUUGCUGUUCGGAGGCUCGAGGAAGAGGCUGCCCGACGGCCUCACUCGCAGGGGCGACAUCAACCUGCUGAUGCUCGGAGACCCCGGAACAGCCAAGUCUCAGCUUCUCAAGUUCGUGGAGAGAUGCUCGCCCAUCGGGGUUUAUACGUCGGGUAAAGGCAGCAGCGCAGCGGGGCUCACCGCCUCGGUGCUGAGGGACCCCACCACCCGUGGGUUCAUCAUGGAGGGCGGGGCCAUGGUGCUGGCUGACGGGGGAGUGGUCUGCAUCGACGAGUUCGACAAGGUGCGAUUCAGUCCUGGGUAG